GCCCUGCCGGCGGCCGCACGUCAACAUGUUCGGCGCCUUAUUCCGGGACCCAUCCCUGCUCCUUACCAUCUCCGUCAUUGGGGUUACGGUACUUCUCUUGGCCCUGAAGAACAUGAACUCAAAGAGGAGACAUCCUAUCACCUUACAGAACCCUGAAAUCAAGUACUUGCUGCCCUUGAUUGAGAAAGAGCAAAUCAACCACAACACCCGGAGGUUCCGCUUUGGACUGCCCUCACCAGACCACGUUUUAGGGCUUCCUGUAGGCAACUAUGUCCAUCUCUUGGCCAACAUUGAUGAUGUUCUGGUGAUCAGGGCAUACACACCGGUGUCCAGUGAUGAUGAUCAAGGCUUUGUGGACUUAAUUAUAAAGAUCUACUUCAAAAAUGCACACUCUAAUUAUCCAGGCGGAGGGAAGAUGACCCAGUACUUGGAGAACAUGAAAAUUGGGGACACCAUUCUUUUUCGAGGGCCAGUUGGGCGCCUGUUCUAUCAUGGGCCAGGGAAGUUUUCGAUCAAAGCACACAACACAAGCAAGCCUGAAGACAAACUGGCCAGUCACCUGGGAAUGAUUGCUGGGGGCACAGGGGUCACGCCCAUGCUGCAGCUCAUUCGCCACAUCACCAAGAACCCCAGGGACAGGACCCGGAUAUCCCUCCUCUUUGCCAACCAGACGGAGGAGGACAUCCUGAUGAGAAAGGAGCUUGAAGAAGUUGCCAGAACUCACCCAGAUCGGUUCAACCUGUGGUACACCCUGGACAGGCCUCCUGUUGGCUGGAAGUACAGCUCUGGCUUCAUUACUGCCGACAUGAUCAAGGAGCACCUCCCUGCGCCGGGGACGUCCACGUUCAUCCUGGUGUGUGGCCCACCCGCCCUGAUCCAGACAGCCGCUCACCCCCACCUGGAGAAACUGGGUUAUACCAACGACAUGAUUUUCACCUUCUAA